GACGUGCCACACCAACACAUGGUGCUCGGCGGCCACGGAAUUUCCGCGGAGAGUGGUCGCGGUGGAGGGUGUCACACGCUUCGGCCUUUUUUUCUUGAAAUUCGAAAGCUGCGGGCUGCGAUGCGCGAGCGUGUUGUGUUCUGAAUGGUGUACAGCUGAGAGCCGUCGUCCCCCCGAGUACGUCGUGUGUCGUCCUGAGAGCGCAAGAUGGAAUUCUCACGGAGAGGCAUGUCGAUGGCGUCGCUGGCCUUACUCAUAAUCGCCACUUUUAUCGGCAUCAGCGAGGAGAUCGCCGUUAUGAGCAUCGACCUUGGUAGCGAAUGGAUGAAGGUCGCUAUCGUCUCGCCUGGCGUUCCUAUGGAGAUAGCAUUAAAUAAGGAGUCGAAGAGGAAAACGCCGGUCACGAUCGCGUUCAGGGACGGGGAGAGAUCGUUCGGCGAGGAUGCCCAAGUGAUCGGCGUGAGAUUUCCCCAGAACAACUUCUUCUACAUUUUGGACCUUCUAGGGAAGCCUAUAGACAAUCCGCUGGUGCAGCUCUACCGGGAGAGAUUCCCCUACUACGACAUCGUCGCCGACGACGAGAGGAAGACCGUGGCGUUCAAGCUGAACGAGAACACGACGUACACGCCGGAGGAGCUGCUCGCGCAGUUGUUGCACAAGGGCAAGGAGAUCGCGGAGGCGUCCGCCCACCAGAAGAUCAACGAGGCCGUCAUCACCGUGCCGGGUUUCUUCAAUCAGGCCGAGAGGCGGGCGCUGAUCCAGGCGGCGGAGCUCGCCGGUCUCAAGGUGCUGCAGCUCAUAAACGACUACAUGGCGGUCGCCCUGAACUACGGCGUGUUCGGCAGAACCGAGAUAAACGACUCCGCUCACUACAUCAUGUUCUACGACAUGGGUGCCAGCAGCACCACCGCGUCGAUCGUCAGCUACCAGAACAUGAAGACGAAGGAGCGUGGUUUCCUCGAGACGAAUCCGCACGUUUCCGUGCUGGGCGUGGGAUACGAUCGCACGCUCGGCGGACUGGAUAUGCAGAUCAGGCUGCAGCAUCACCUGGCGCGAGAGUUCGACGCUCUCAAGAGGACGCCGAACUCGGUGUUCAAGAGCCCGCGCGCGAUGGCUAAGCUCUUCAAGGAGGCCGGACGCGUGAAAACUGUGCUCAGUGCCAACGCGGACCAUUUCGCGCAGAUAGAGAGCCUGAUAGACGAUAUCGACUUCAAGCUGCAGGUCACGAGGGAGAAGCUGGAAGAGAUAUGCGCCGAUUUGUUCAAACGUGUGGCAAAUCCUGUGAAGACCGCGUUGGAAACUUCAGGUUUGACAAUGGAUGUCAUAAAGCACGUUGUAUUGGUGGGAGCAGGCACUCGAAUGCCAAAGGUACAAGAGACAUUGUCCCAGUAUGUAAAAACAGAGUUGUCGAAAAAUGUAAAUACGGAUGAGGCGGCUGCUUUAGGGGCUGCUUACAAGGCAGCUGAUCUCAGUCAGGGUUUUAAGGUCAAGAAGUUCGUCACAAAGGACGCUUUAUUAUUCCCGAUUCAAAUCACUUUUGAUAGAACCGUUGAUAAUAAAGUUAAACAGGUGAAGAAAACGUUAUUCGGCAGAAUGAAUCCUUUUCCACAAAAGAAGAUCAUUACAUUUAAUAAGCACACGAAUGAUUUUGAUUUUCAUGUGAAUUACGCUGAGUUGGAUCAUUUGCCCGCUAGUGAGGUAAUUGCUAUUGGUGAUUUACAUUUAUCUACUAUAUCGCUGAAUGGUGUAGCCGAAGCUUUAGAAAAGCAUGCCAACGAAGGCGCCGAGAGUAAAGGAAUCAAAGUGCACUUUAAUAUAGACGAUAGCGGCGUACUGAAUUUAUUGACUGUAGAAUUAGUUUCCGAAAAGUCGAGUACUGUUGAUGAAGAAGAGGGUACUUUCUCAAUACUUGGCUCAACUAUUAGUAAAUUCUUUGCAGGUUCUUCUUUAGAAAAAGAACCGGAAGAAAAGACGGAGGAACCGCCGAAGGAGGAUGUGAAACCAGUGCAUGAAGAGCCAGAAUCGGAGUCGACAAAAGAGACGGACGAGAAGGAGAAAAAGAAGAGCGAGACGAAAGUGAACGAAGAUAAGGCUACAAAUAAAACCGAGAAAGUGGACAAAGAAAAGAAAGCUACGAUCGUUCAGAUCAAGGAACCUAUUGGCUCGAAAGAGGUCAAACUAGGAUCGCAAAUCUUGUCCGGUGAAAAACUCACGGAAUCUCGCGACAAGAUACAUCAUUUGGACGUGCACGAUUCGGAGAAGGCGCGCCGUGAGACUGCGCUGAACAAUCUCGAGUCGUACGUAAUCGACGCGCAGCAGAAGUUCGAGUCCAAGGAAUUUGCGGACGCGGCUACCGAGAAGGAGAUCGAGGAGAUUCAAAAAGCGUGCGCCGAGAUCUCCGAAUGGCUGUACGAGGACGGAUUCACCGCGACCGCGGAAGUGUACGAGGAGAAGUUGCAGGAACUGCAAAAGUUAACCAACGACGUCUACGAGAGGGUCUACGAGAACCGAGAUCGACCGGAAGUCUUCAACGGAAUGGUCUCGCUACUCAAAGGCAGUAGAUUGUUUCUAGAGAAUAUGCGUAACUUGAGCUCAACCAGCGAAAUUAUUACGUCCGUUGAAGUCGAGACGUUGGAAAAAGUGAUCAACGAGACACAGAAUUAUUAUGACAUGGUUUCGAAAUAUUUCGCGGACGCGCCGCUGAAUAUACCAGUAAAGUACAAGCUCCGUCAGAUCGCGAAUAAGAUGGAGCUACUCGACAGAGAAAUCAAAUAUCUUCUGAACAAGGUAAAGAUUUGGAAACCGAAACAGGAAGCUGCGGCGAAUCAAACGACAGACAGCAAGGCCGAGGCCACGAUAGAGGAAAACGGGGAAGCCGAUGCGACUGCCGCUGAUUCCGAUGCUAAGAGGGAGGACAAGUCCGCGGAGGAACAGCAACCGUCCGACAAUGUGGAGGAGCAGCAACAAAAGCCGGAGACAACAACGGACACCACGCAGGAUCCGUUAAAUCUGCCGGAAAGUGAAAAACCAUUACCAACUAAGGAGGAAGCUCAGGAAGAAACGCAUCAAGAACUAUAAGAAAUAAUUUAUUUAAAAAAUGUGUGAUCCUCUGUUAUUGAUCGACGAGAUAUACCCGUCGAUUUAGGCAAUUUUUCCGUAGAUUAUUUUCGUCAGGUGCAUUUAAAAAUCAAAGCGGGAAUUUUUCUCUUGUGCGUUUCCGUUGAAUAAGUUCAUAUCUACGAAUGCGUGGAUACAAGCUGUUCCAUUUAAUUAAUAUUUAAUUAAUAAUAUAUAUUUAUACCAGGUAUGGGUCUUCACCGUUCAUUUGUUUUUACAAAAAAAAAACAGUUAUUGCAAGAUUGUCGAUCUCAGUCUACUUAAAGAUUGUCCGCGAUAAUUAUGUUACACAAGUGCCAAGCAAUAGCAAAUUUCGACGAUUUUGUUUGACAAAAACGGACACGCAUAAGGCAGGCCAGUUCUGUGUGAGGGAUUUUAUCUCGAAUCCUUACAGCAUGAAUUUGUGACUUUACAUGUAAAAAUGCUUCUGCUGCAAGUACGUACCUUUCACUUAUGUACUAUCACACUACAUACGAAGUUGCAGUAUAAGGCAUACUAUUGCUUGUAAAAACACGAAUGGUAAGAGGUGUGGAUAAAAUAAGUUUUGUUUACAAAAACAAUUUUUGCAUAUCUUCUAGGGAGUGGAUCUUUUCACGUAGUAACGGGUUCUUACGUUUCUCGCAAAUGUAUAAUCAGUAGUUUUCGAAUGAAUUUAUCACAUUUCCUACAUACAUCGCAUUGAUUUACAUCGUCUUUUUUUUUAUAAAGGAAGAUUCACACGAGUGAAACUCUUUCUAAUUUUUUCUUUUGUUAUUUAUAGCGAUAUCAUAUUUAAAAAUCGUGACGUUUUUCUGAUAUUCUAAUGUAUAUUUCUUAAAGAAGUUAGAUAGAAUAUAUAGAAUAUUGGUUAUUUUGUAAAUGUAUAUAACGAUUUGCACAAUGUGAAAUAGGUAAAAAGAAGUCGGCUCCUCGAGAAUUUAAGAUAAGAUUUGCUUUUUUGGCUAAUCAAUACUUUAGAUGAAUUCUCCGAAAAUUACGAACACAUUAUUCUACUGCCAAAUAGGCGUUCAAGAAAUUUUUAUCAUUCCAAUAAAAAUAAUUGUAAAUUUA